AUGUCUAUCAAACCUAUCUAUGUGGCUGCGCAUCCGCGCGCUUGUUCUACUGCUUUUGAACGAGUUUUUAUGACCCAACGCGCUACUAUUCAAUGCGUUCACGAACCCUUCGGUGAUGCUUGGUACUACGGUCCAGAGCGUCUAGCCGACCGGUUUGAAAAUGAUGAACAAGGUCGUUUGGACAGUGGAUUCAGCAAAUCGACAUAUCGCACUGUGAUGGAUAGAUUGGAACGUGAAGGCUCAGAGGGAAAGAGAGUCUUCAUCAAGGACAUUGACGCCUAUUUGCUCCCACAAAACGGGAAGCCAGCAAGCAUUGCUCCAUCUUUAAGACGCAUCAAGCGCGGCGUAGGCACCGACUCUCCCGCUGAGGAACCCCACUCGGCCAACGGCGUCCACGCCAACGGCCACACCACCGCACCCGUCAACGGUGUCAACGGCACUUCGACUUUGAACGGCAUCAACGGCCACUCGAACGGUGUCAACGGCACCACCAACGGGGCGGUAAACGGCGUAAAUGGACACGCCACCAACGGACACUCCACCAACGGCAACGGUGUCCAUGUAAACGGGCACAGCAACAGUGACGCUGACGCCCACGUCCACACCAACGGAAACGGAGUCAAUGGUUCCAGUCCAUACCCAUACGACACCCCCAAGGAACCAGGCAACCCGACCGUGAUGCCCCGCGAACUCCAAGAGAAGUUCCACUGGGCCUUCCUUAUCCGUGAUCCCCACCACAGCAUCCCAUCAUAUUACCGAUGCACAAUCCCACCUCUAGACCAGUUGACUGGAUUCCAUAACUUCGACCCAAAGGAGGCGGGGUAUAAUGAACUUCGUCGCCACUUCGAGUAUCUUGUUGAAUCGGGACUUGUCGGACCGCGUGUUGCUACCCGGCCUGAUCUUUCGCCUGAGGCUGGUUCUGAGGAAGAUCAGAAGACUGUGCAUGAGAUCUGUAUGAUUGAUGCGGAUGAUAUGCUUGAUUCGCCGGCGCCGAUGAUUGAGGCGUUCUGUCGUACGACUGGUGUGCCGUAUACGCCUGAUAUGUUGUGUUGGGAUACGGAGGAGGAUUAUGCGUUUGCGUGUGAGAACUUUGAGAAGUGGAGAGGGUUCCAUAAUGAUGCGAUUGAGUCGAAGGGUCUGGUUGCGAGAGCUCAUAAACAUGCUCCCAAGACCGAGGAGCAGUGGGAUGCAGACUGGCUUGCCAAGUACGGUCCCAAGGGUGCUGCUCUGAUCCGCCAGACAGUCAACGAGACCUUCGACGACUACCUGUACCUCAAGCAGUUUGCCAUGAAGGUCUAA